UCAACAACUCGAAGUCACUUCUCAUCAAGCACAUCAACUUCUCCAAAUCUCCCAUUUCUCACAUCACACACACACACACACACAUAUAUAUAUAUAUAUAACCACUUAUAAAACCCUAAAUACCCACUUGGUGCAAACCACAAAAAACUGUCACACUACCAAUGGAGAAGCUGCAAAAGAUGGUAUCAGAGAAGCCGGUGGUGAUAUUCAGCAAGAACUCGUGUUGCAUGUCCCACACAAUCAAGACUCUCUUCUACGAUUUCGGGGUUAAUCCGACGGUCUACGAACUCGACGAGAUCGAUAACGGCAGAGAGAUGGAGCGAGCUCUGGCUCAGCUCGGCUGCAGCCCCACCGUUCCAGCGGUUUUCGUGGGCGGUCAGCUCGUCGGUGGAGCCAACCAAGUCAUGAGCCUUCACCUUAACCGCUCUCUCAUCCCAAUGCUUAAAAGUGUUGGAGCAUUAUGGGUUUGAAUCCACUGUGUAAACUCGUUUGGGUGUUGUCUUGUUCUGUAAUAAUGUUUUGGAAAGAGAGAAGAAUAAUGAAUAUGCACUUAUGUGUAUGUAUUUUGUAACCUUUGGAUGUCUUUUUA